CAAGUGGGAUCGGAGAUAUGACUUUUCGGGCACGUCGAUGGCUGACCGGCGCUGAGCCAGAACGCUUAUGAUCUUCGUCAUCCCACACUCGUCAAUAAUUGGCAAAAAACAGUUCUUCACUCUCUAUUAAGCAACUGAACGUGUGUUAGCACAAAUGACUGUGCAUGCUGACGACGAUAAAGUUGUGCUCUGCUGGUGUGACUAGCGGCGGCGGUGUCGGCAACACUUCUUAAACCAAAACGAAUCAAUUACAACAGAACAGUGUUAGACAGAGCGAAUCCUUAAAUUUAAGCUCAAAUGUCAUCAAGAGUGUGCGGCACGGUUCGAAAAAAAUAUAUGAAAGUGUUAUGCGGAUCCAUUUGUAAGCAAACGCGUAGUGAUUGCUAGGCAGUUCGGCUGCGGCCGCCAGCAAUUUUUUCGCUCGGGUUUUUAUUUUGCCGACUCUUUAGAGUAGAGUCUCUAACGCCAGUACGUAACGUUGCAAGCGAUUCAAACGAUAGAAUAGCGAUUUCGCUUUGCUGGCCACCUGAGCCUAGAAGGGAUCCUGUAGCUUGAUUGCGCGAAAGCCGGGUCGGGACAUCGGUCAAGUCAGUCUAGGGAAGUUGUGCACCGGCAAACUUCGAGUUCUCUUUGGUGUUUUGGAUGAUGGAACCGUUGUUCGGCGGGGACAAAACUUAUAAAUGGAUCCUUUUUCUUGCCGCUGUAAUUCACAUUGUGAUUUGCCCAUUUACCAAAGUUGAGGAAUCGUUCAAUCUGCAGGCAAUACAUGACAUGCUCUUCCAUCGAGCCAACAUAAGCAAUUACGACCAUCUCGAGUUUCCCGGAGUCGUUCCAAGAAGCUUUUUGGGACCGCUGCUACUUUCGGCGGUAUCUGCUCCGUUUGUGUUUCUUAGCAGGCUCAUCGGUCUCGAAAAAAUUGUUAGCCUCUUCCUCGUACGCUUCGCACUGGCCCUUAUAGUGACGCUUGCCUAUCGACGGUUUAUUAUUUCGGUACAACGAGUGUUCGGUCAAGCUACUGGUGUUUGGCUGGUAUUGAUACAAGCGUCCCAGUUCCACCUAGUCUUCUAUAUGUCACGCACUUUGCCAAAUACGUUUGCGUUAACGUUUGUCCUGCUUUGUUUUGCAUUCUGGAUCGAUCAGGACCAUUUCAAGCUUACGCUGUGUACGGCUUUCGUUGUCGUCAUCUUCCGUGUCGAACUCGUUUCACUUUUGGGUACGAUGUUGUUAAUGGACUUGAUCAGCGGGCGGUUGCACCCGCUCAACAUGCUCAAAUGGGGAAUACCUGCUGGCUUUGGAUGUAUUUUACUCAGUUUUGCCGUUGAUUCUAUCUUCUGGCAGAGACCUCUCUGGCCCGAGGGCGAGGUGUUAUGGUAUAAUGUUUUUCUCAAUAAAAGCUCAGACUGGGGAACGGAGCCUUGGGCGUGGUACUUUUACAGCGCUGUUCCGCGCGCCAUGGGGGUUUCUUUGGUCGUGUUCCCGUUUGCUUUAUAUCUCGACCCACGGGUACGAACAAUGGUCUUUCCCGCAGCAGUCUACAUUUUCCUGUACUCGUUUCUGCCGCACAAGGAGUUACGCUUUAUCAUCUACGUUUUCCCACUGAUCAAUUUAGUCGUAGCUCGAACCUGUAGCUGGGUAUGGGAACGGCGUGUCAAGUCAAUCUUUAUGGCAAUGUGUACCCUUGUUGCAUGUUUCCAUCUCAUGGGCAAUUUGUUCAUGACGCACACUUUGUUAUUCGUCUCGUCUUACAAUUACCCCGGGGGUAACGCCCUUCAACGGCUUCAUGAAACCGAAUUACACACUCCGUACGCCACCGUUCACAUUUGCAACUUGGCUGCCCAGACGGGCGUGUCGCGCUUCGGUGAACUCAACCACCGGUGGAUAUACGACAAGACGGAAGGUCUCUCAGCAAACGAAUUAAUACGUCGAAAUUACUCGCAUUUAAUUAUCGAAGGUCGCUCGGUUCAGUCAAGUAGCUAUUUGCCGUUCAAAAAUGAUUACAGAAUAAUCGAUGCUGUGCCGGGCUAUAGUAAUAUCAAGUUUGACCUCUUGACUUUCCCUCCUGUACUGGUUCGGUUAAAGACAAAAUUGCUGAUUCUACGUAGAAGAACACCGUCAGAUCACGUCCCUAACGCCGAUAGCGAACCUCUUGUAGUUGACAUACCUUCAUUAAGUAAAACCGUCUAGAUAAUGGCAUUCGUGGAGCAUGGAA